AUGAAAUACUCAGCGUUGAUUUUUGCCGUUGAAUUGUUCGCAUCAGUGGAGGGAUUCAAACUGGUCGCCAGAGAGAACCCAAGAGUGUUAGGACUGGACAUCCAGAGACGCCAUGUUUCCAACCCACUCCAUCACGAUCGAUUACGACGAAGACAAAAAACAGUACAACAGACGCUCGAUAAUCUUGAGACGCUCUACUUUGCAAAUGCCAGCCUAGGGACGCCUGCACAGGACCUACGCCUGCACAUCGAUACUGGAAGUAGUGACCUGUGGGCCAAUGCGGCUAGCUCCCAAUUGUGCACCUCGCGCGGAAAUCCAUGCUCGGAGUCCGGAACUUACGAUGCGAACUCUUCCUCAACGUACGAGUAUGUGAACAGCGUUUUCAACAUCUCGUAUGUUGAUGGUUCGGGAGCUGUAGGUGACUACGCAAAGGAUAAUUUCAACUUUGGAGGCAAGACCGUCCAGGGCCUGCAAUUCGGUAUCGGAUACGACUCCUCCUCAGCAGAAGGUAUUCUGGGUAUUGGUUACACGACCAAUGAAGUUCAAGUGAAUCGAGCAGGACUCCAGGCAUACCCAAAUCUUCCCCAGGCACUCGCAGAUAGUGGCGAUAUCAACACGAAUGCUUAUUCCCUCUGGUUGAACGACCUCGACGCAUCAACUGGAAACAUCCUCUUCGGUGGAGUCGACACUGACAAAUAUGAGGGAACAUUAGGUAGACUUCCGAUCAUUCAAGAGCGGGGCGGCAUAUAUGCCGAAUUCAUUAUCGCAUUGACCGGCCUUGGGCAGAAUGGAAAGGCGGGUUCUCUAUUCCAGAACCAGGCGAUACCCGUCCUUCUUGAUUCUGGGUCUUCCCUGAUGUAUUUGCCAAACAGCAUCGCCAAUUCUCUGUACACUGCUUUCAACGCGCAAUACGACCAGAGACAGGGUGCAGCAAUUGUAGAUUGCAAUCUUGCCAACCAGGAAGGAUCCCUCGAUUUCACUUUCUCUGGACCCACCAUCUCCGUUCCCUUGAACGAAUUGGUCAUUACCAUCGGAUACCAGCGAGGCGAACCUGUAUGUAUCCUUGGUAUCGGGCCUGCGGACAAUUCCCUCUGCGUAUUAGGCGACACCUUCCUGCGGUCCGCGUACGUCGUCUACGACUUGGACAACAACGAGAUCGCACUUGCACAAACCAAGUUCAACGUCUCGCAAAGCUCCAUCAAGGAGAUCCAGUCCGGCGAUGACGGCAUUCCGCAAGCCUCUCUCGUCCCCAACGCCGUCUCCAGCGUUGCUGUCGGUACAGGAGGAGGUCGUAUUGCUGGUCCUACCAUCAACCCUACAGGCGCAAGCCGCCCGUCGUCAACAGGAGCAGCUAUGCCCAUCGCGACUGCCAAUCCCUGGUUAGGUGCCGGAGCAGUGGUCGCGGGUGCGGGCAUAAUGAUGGGCUUCAACGGACUUUAA